AUGUUAGACAGAAAUCACAGAAGCGUGAUAGAAGUGAGAUUAUUAUACGUGAAAUGUACGUAUUUACCGAAAAAAAUGAAAACCCUAUGACAAUCUAGCAAAAAUGAGUACAUAUCACCAAUACUAUUUACUUAUUUUAUUGAAACGUUUGAACCAAUGUUGUCAUUUUUCUGGACAGUGUGACGUUGUAGUCUGCGGGGGAGGCACUGUUCUCUGACGUGUAAAUCUAAGGGGUAAAAAUGACCGAAACACUUAUCAAGCGGUGUUUCAUAGUUACUAAUUCACAAGAAUGGCAGAUCUGGUCCCUUACACACUGGGAAGGGAAUAGCUUUGGAAAGCACGACUUAGUGCGUUUAUCCAUCCCUCCAUUCACGUCUCCACUAUCUCUGCUUCUGAGUUUGGAGUUUCACGCACCAGCAAGCCCAGCUGCUGUAUCACCGACAAGUUGUCUGUUAAGAGAUGUUCAGAAGAAUUCGGAGCUGGCACGUAAAUGGUAUUUCCCCUUGAUUACCAGGGAUGUGGUGUGCUUCCCUUCUAAAUGUAGUGACUCGAUCUUCUGCAAAAUCCAGGCGGAGAGACUGCAGUUUGCAUUUGUAGUGUCCCACGCGUGCCCCCCCCCCCCGCGCGCACACGCACACACGCUUAGAUAUUCUCUGAAGCUAUGCGUUAUUCCAUUCCACAAAUCCGCCACCCACCCCCACGAUAGAAGGAAAUAAUAGACGUUCUUGCUAGUGUUCCUUCCUGCUCCUACGACGACACUUAGACGUGUUUUUCCAGUUCUGAUAAAUCCAAAGCUGCAACUGCAGUAGAUGAAGAUCCCUGUUCCUAGGGAGUACUUUUAAAAUUCCUGCUUUAUACAGACAAAAGAGUCACUUAGCUGCUGCUACAGCCUGCCUACAUAGAGAAACAAAGAUUUGUGACUAUUGCCUUCAGUACAGCCGGGCAAUAAAACAUAUUGCCCUGCGGCUGCAUACCUUGAGUAAAAUCACUGUGGUCCGCUUAGGUCGGGGCAAUAGCCCAUUUCCUAAAAGAAGCCACAAAUGUAGUUAAAUUUGACAUAUGAUGAGUGUUACACCUAGCCUUCCCACACACCAUAUCUGCAGUUGCAGAUGUAAUCUGUUGUAACAACUAUCACCCUUCUGAAGAACCUCGGAUGCUGUGAUCAGCACCAAACUGCUAUUAUAUUUCUGUAGUGCUGCAUCUCUCUCUGCAGUAUUUCCUCCUACAGCUCUAAAGACUGAUACAUCUUCCUCUUGACAGUUAAGUUAACAGUCUCAGUGGGUGCCUUUGUUGGCACUGUGCGUAAAUGAUCGUAGGGUACUUUUCCUACUUGUCUUCCACAGCAAGUACUGCAGAUCCAGUUCAGCGUGAGUAGCCACCACCCCCACGUUUUGCAGUCAGGGCUGAGAUUUAGUCACAGCUGCUGCUGCCGCUACUAGUUGUUGCAUUGAUUUUAGGUUGUCAAUGGGACUCGGGGAGCCAGAGACUGAACAGGCAACCAGAAAGUCGAGGAACAGAGCCAGCAUGGAAUUCCUAAGCAGGAGACGCCACAACAGCACCCCGUUCUUACUGUCCUUCCUCUUCUUUUUAAAUACGCUGGCUCAGACAGUGGCCGAACUAGAAGCAGAGAAUCUCUCGGGCCUCUCUCCUAAUCCAGAGAAGGGUAUAUUUGUGGUCAAUGAAAACGGCUCCACUUGCUUGAUGGCCGAGUUUGCUGCUAGAGUGAUUGUCCCCUACGACGUGUUUGCCAGCAACAGCGUGGAUUUGAUUACAGAGCAAGCGGAUAUAAGGAUCCCUCGGAAAGCAGAAGUAAAGGGGAGAUGCGGCAGUACAGAAUCGGAGUUGCAGGUCUCCUGGUUCAACGCAGCCUACACAUUACGCUUAUUCUUUGUGAAGGAGGUCCAUAACUCAUCAACACUGCAGACAGCUUCAUGGAAAUCCAACAAAAUACAGCUGGUCUACGACUCUUCGGAAUCAACGUACUUUAAGGAUGCCGUUGAAGCUGGGAAACACACUGCCACCUCUCACCAUCUCUCUGCCCUCAACACCCCAUCUGGGAAGUCAUACCAAUGUCAAGCACAGCAAACUAUCUCCCUCACUUCCAGUGACCACCAGAAACCUGUGACUCUUAUCUUGUCAGAAGUCCAGAUUCAGCCCUUUGAUAUUUAUACCAACUUUCUCUUCAGUGAAGCCUAUAAGUGUGCUGUGGAUCAGAGAGAACAGUUAGAAGAAACACUUCCUCUUAUUCUGGGUUUGACUUUGGCACUUGUUAUUGUACUAACACUCUCAGUUUACCACAUUUAUCAUAAGUUGACAGCUAACCAAGUACAGAUUCCAAGAGACAGGUCACUGUACAAGCACAUGGGGUAGAUAACCUGUAUUCGUACCUGUAAGGCAUAGCACUUCUUGUGAAAUACUUCCAAAUCAUACAUCGGGUCAGUGUAAGUAAAGCACGCAAGCUCAUUUAUUCCUGAAGGGAUAUCUGUCAUAUAAAUUAUUUAUUUAUUUAUUUUUGUUUUCUAGAACUAUGCUAGUGCCACUUAAAAUGGAACACCUUAUCAUGUGACCUAUGGCAAUUAAAAUAAAUCUUGCUUUUCAUCAGCCACACAGCAGAGAAAGUGAAAUAAGCAGCAAGCCAGUUAUGGCUGCAGAAUUCAAACUUAAGAUCUUGAAGUCCCCAUUAUGCAUCUGAGAGAUUGCACCACAUUUUCUUCUUCAUAAAAAAGAUGAUAUUGUACAAAUAAGUUGCAGAAGGAGUGAGAUAGUUGUCUUAAACUGGUAUAUAUUAAACAAUAUUUUUUUACCAGCUGAUGUGGGUGUAUAGUAUGAAAAUUAUUUUCAGCGACUUCAAGUCCAGUAAAAUAAUCCCAAAUGUUUAAUUAUGGCAUCUUUACCAGCCUGCCUCCAUGGUACAACAGGAUGGAGUCUCGACUGUGACUCAGUUGAGGAGGAUUUGAUUAGCAUCCCUUGCACUGGAGGAUACAGGCAUGGUUGGAGAAGAGUAAAGGAGUAUGGCCUGCAUGCUUCUUCCAGGGGUGGAAGGGAUUUUGUGCUUUCUCAAAGGCAUGGAGGGUGGUUGCGAUUUCCCUGGGGAGACUGGGCAAACCACCAUUUAUGAUGUGCAGAGAGAGGCAGAGUUGUUCAGAGGGAACACUCCUUGCAGAAGUAAGGGAUGAUCUGCAUGGACAGCCCAUUGUAUAUCUUUCCCAAAUGUCUCAUCAGGUGCGUGCAGGUAUGGCCCAGGAGAAAACAGGCUGCCUGAAUGAAAGCCUCUCCUGGUCGACCACCACCCAUAAUAUGAGUGUAAAUAGGCCAGUUAACUAAGGAGGGGAGCAAAUAAUCAACAGGUAGCAGGGGCAAAGAGUGCAAAAAACAAAAAUUAUGACUCAUUACCAAUCCUUCAAAUGCAGAAUAUUUAUUCCAGCAUUUCACACACAUUGAUAUAGCUAUUAAUCUGGCUAUCUAUUGGUCUUUCUAGCUAUAUAUGUACAUUUGUGUACAUGUACACACAGCAAGAAGGCUCAGAUAGUGCAAUCUAUCUCUACAACAUUUUGGAUGGUACACUAAAACAUCAGAGUUUUAUCUUAGCUCAUAAUAACACUAUUCCCAAUUCUGUGGUUUGAAGUUAUACAUUGCGAUUUUAGGACUAUCCAGCAACCAACAGGUAGCACUAUGUACUUCGGGCAACAAUUACAUUUUAUUUAGUGCAUGAUAAACAUUAUUGUCACUUGCAGUACUAAAUACAUUCAUUCAUGAUCAUCUGACAUCAGAAACAUACAAUGGAGAGCAGCAAUAAGGAAUGAAGACUUUAGUUUCUGUUCUCCUGUUUUUAUAACCUGUUUACUGCUCUCCAGAUUUCUCACAUUCUGGCAGCUUGUUUGCACCUGAAGUCACAAUUCUCUGCUUAAAAUAUACAUAUAUAAACAUGAAUCCAAUUAAUAUUACCACAACUGUAGCACUGCAUGUGACACAUUGUAACCAACCAGGUUUCUCACACACUUUUCAAGUACUCCGUUACUAUUCUGUGUUAUCAGUGGAGUAUGAUCUCUAGCACUGCAAACAUUUACGAAUGCUGUUUUUAAAUAAAUGAUUCUGCUUACCUCACUGUAACUCUAUAGGAGUGACAUAUACACUGCAAUAUUGUCUGCAUAUUCCAGAGCUGACAACUUAACCUCCUGCAUUCUUGCUGUUUAUUUCAUAUAUACAUUCAUCUUUAGCAUGAAUAAUCAAUCCUUCUGUUACCUUUUGUGUCUAUGGGAAAAAAAGCUGUUAAUUUGUUCUUUUAUCUCAUCUAGUCUAUAACUGAUGGCUGAGAAGCUACUGGUAAAACUAUUUAGUUCAGUAACUUGUUAAAAUUGAUCUUUAACAGUAGCUGACAGAUUCACUGUACAGCAGCCAGGACAAGAGAUCAAUACCACUGACAGGAUUAAACAAAGCAGGCUAGUGCAGCAAACAUGUUUCUGAAUUAAUUUGUAAAAUACUGUACUGUAAGUAAUUUUAGACACCAUUUUAAAUAUUCAGAAUUUUAAAUAUCCAUGUAGCUGGUAGUAUCAUGUACUUCUUCAUAUUAAAAAUAAAAUACUAUGGACCUAGUGUACAGAUGUUCACAGAUGUUCACAGCCAUUCUGAUGCAAACAUGAUGUAAUAACCACACUGCAUCUUAGCAGAUAGACUUAGGUAAAAUGUACAAUUUUGCAAGAAAACAUUUUAUUUUAAAAGAACAAUUUUACCAAAACAAAAUGGCAAACAAAGAAUAUAUAAAUAAUAUAUAUGUCUAAGUGCAUUUAAACUUGCAAGAUGUGGGUAACUCAGCAUACAGAGGCACACUUCCCCUUAAAAGACAUCAAUCACAGAGCUCAAAAGAGCAAACAGGUGAAAGGGGUGCUCCUGGGGGAAUAGCUAGGGUAGCCCGCAGGACCAGAAUGCUAGCCCCCUCACUACCACCGAGCUUUCACCAGGUAAAAGAGGGCUGGUUGGGAUUCGUGGGCAAAAAUGAAUGAGCUUCAUGUCUCUUGCCUAGGUUGGCAAUUCCUAGCUAUUAUCCCCCAGAGUAAAUGGGCUGGUCCAGGUAGAGCAGCCAUUAGUUGAGGUCCUGCUGGAGAAAAAAAAAAAAGAUGACUA